AUGACCCUGACCGGCGCGCACGACCCCCGCGCGGUGCGCGAGGCGCUGGAGGAGGUCGGCGUCGCGCAGCUCGCCGGCGAGUCGCUGCACACCCUGUCCGGCGGCGAGUUCCAGCGCGCGCUGAUCGCCCGCGCCCUGGUGCGUCGGCCCGACCUGCUGGUGCUGGACGAGCCGGUGCAGGGCGUCGACUUUGCCGGCGAGAUCGCGCUCUACGAGCUGAUCCGGCGGCUACGCGACCGGCUGAACUGCGGCGUGCUGCUGGUCUCCCACGACCUGCACCUGGUGAUGGCGGCGACCGACACGGUGGUCUGCCUCGACGGCCAGGUCUGCUGCACCGGCACGCCGCGGGCGGUGGCCGAGAGCCCCGCCUACCGCGAGCUCUUCGGCCCGCGCGCGGCCGGCGCCCUGGCGGUCUACGCCCACCACGACCAUGACCACGGCGAAGGCCACGACCACGGCGAAGGCCACGACCACGGCGAAGGCCAUGACGACGGCCAUGACCACGACGACGGCCACGACAUAGACCGCGACCGCGACGGCGGCCCCGCGAUGCUGGAUGACUUCUUCCUGCGCGCCCUGCUGGCCGGCGCCGGCGUCGCCCUGGUGGCCGGCCCGCUCGGCUGCUUCAUCGUCUGGCGGCGCAUGGCCUACUUCGGCGACACCAUGGCCCACUCGGCCCUGCUCGGCAUCGCCCUGGCGGCGCUGCUGGAGGUCAACCUGACCCUCGGCGUCUUCCUGGUCGCCGCCGCCGUGGCGCUCGCGCUGCUGCUGCUCUCGCGCAACCGGGCGGUGCCGACCGACGCCCUGUUGGGGCUGCUCUCCCACUCCACCCUGGCGCUCGGCCUGGUGCUGAUCGCCUUCCUGACCUGGCUGCGCGUCGACCUGACCGGCUUCCUGUUCGGCGACAUCCUGGCGGUCUCGCGCUUCGACCUGGCGGUGAUCUACGGCGGCGGACUGCUGGUGCUGGCGCUGCUGGCGCUGAUCUGGCGCCCGCUGCUGGCCGGCACCGUCAGCCCGGAGCUGGCCGCGGCCGAGGGCCUGCGGCCGGAGCGCGCGCGCCUGGUCUUCAUGCUGCUGAUGGCGGCGGUGAUCGCCAGCGCCAUGAAGGUGGUGGGCAUCCUGCUGAUCACCGCGCUGCUGAUCAUCCCGGCGGCGACGGCGCGGCGCUUCGUCGCCACGCCCGAGGCCAUGGCGCUGGGCGCCGGCCUGACCGGAAUGCUGGCGGCCGGGCUGGGCCUGUUCGGCUCGCGCAGCUUCGACACCCCCUCGGGCCCCUCGAUCGUGGUCGCCGCGCUGGCACUGUUCCUCGCCAGCCUCGUCCUCGGCGCCCUGCGUCCGAAGUAG